CGACGCAAUGAAUUCAGGACUAAGGGUUCUCAACCUGUCAAUGCGUCGCAUUGCUUCUUCCUCCAGAAUGAUAACAACCACUGCGAAACUGCAAUGCCCAAACGUGCUCAAGGCUGGAUAUGGAGGCGAUAUCAAUGGGCCACUGUCUUCACCAUCUGACUUAAAAGCAAUAUCAUAUGCACGAGUCAAGAAGACACCGCUCGCCAAAGGCCCGGGGGGAGGCUUUAGGUCACUCGAAGAGACAUCAUGCAAGGAGCCAGGAACUAAGCGUUUCGGUUGACUCACAUAUGGGGUCCUGAUCUUUUGUGUUCAACAGUACCAUCUGUCAAGCACUCUAACAAUUAUUUUGGAAAGAAGGACGUUCCGGUGUUUUGGUUUG